AUGACUACUGCCACCUACGAAGAAGAGAAGCUUCAUCACACACCAUGGGUUGAAAAAUAUAGACCCAAAAAUCUCAAUGACAUUGCAUCACAAGAACAUGCUGUUAAAGUAUUAGAAAAACAAGUAUCGACCGGUAAUUUACCUCAUAUGUUAUUCUAUGGACCUCCAGGAACUGGUAAAACAUCCACAAUAUUGGCAUUAGCUAAACAACUAUAUGGUCCUAACUUGUAUAAAUCUAGAGUAUUGGAACUAAACGCCAGUGAUGAACGUGGUAUUUCUAUUGUACGUCAAAAGAUUAAAAAUUUUGCUAAAUUAACAGUAAGUAAUCCUACACCCGAGGACUUGAAAAAUUAUCCUUGUCCUCCUUACAAAAUCAUCAUUUUGGAUGAAGCUGAUUCAAUGACUAAUGAUGCUCAAAGUGCUUUGAGAAGGACAAUGGAAACUUAUGCCAACAUCACCCGAUUUGCAUUAGUUUGUAAUUAUAUUACUCGGAUUAUUGAUCCAUUGGCCUCAAGAUGUUCGAAAUUUAGAUUCAAGUUGUUAAAUAAUGAAAAUUCAUUGAAUCGAUUGAAAUAUAUUGCAAAUGAAGAACAAUUGAAUUUGGAUAAACUGCAAGGUGAAGAUGGUGUGCUUAAUGAAGUGUUGAAAAUUAGUAAUGGUGAUUUGAGAAAAGCUAUUACGUAUUUACAAAGUGCUUCGAAAUUAAGUACAAGUUUGCAAUUGGAAGAUGAUCAAGAUGGAAAUGCAGGAUUGAUUACUAAACAAUCGAUAAGAGAAACUGCUGGUGUCUUGCCUGAUGAAUUGAUUGAUAGCUUAAUCAAGACAAUAAGGUCCAAAAAUGAAGAAAAAUUGAUUUCAUUGGUGAAUGAUAUAAUAUUGAGUGGAUGGAGUGCUCAACAAUUGAUUGAUCAAUUACAUGAAGUUCUUGUAAUAGAUGACUCCAUAAACUCCUUGGUAAAGAAUCAAAUUGCAUUGAUCUUGUUUGACACCGACAAGAAAUUGAAUUUUGGAACUGAUGAACAUAUUCAAUUACUCAAUUUAGUUCUACAAGUAUCUAAAGUUAUAUAG